UAGCAAGAACAUAUGGCCAAGUUUUCUUUUGGAAUGAUAAAUGCAGGGCCGAGUCCCCCGGUUCACCAAAUUACAGAGGCCUUUGGUGGAACGGCGGCGAGAGCAGGAAAAGGCGUUAUUGAUCGUUUGAAGAAAGUCGAGAACCUCUUCUCUUCGUCAAAAUGGAGGAGCACCGAAGUAUUAUUAAGGAGGUGUUUGGCGAAUCAUCGGAUAGCGAAGACGACGAUCAACGAAUCCAGCUUGAUGAUCCAAACGCCGAGUUUCAUUCUCAGUUAAUCUUUGGCAAAGGCCCUUGUUGGGAACCAGUCAGCCAAAUCAACGGCUUAUCGCUUUGCAGAGACCUUUUAUCUCACGACCAGCAGUCUUCUUUGCUAUCAGCUAUAGAAAUUGAAGGAUGGUUUACUGAAGCGUCUCACAACCAGGCUAUGAGAUUUGGAGAUCUUCCCCGAUGGGCAACUGAACUAUCUAAGUUAAUUCGUGAGGUGGUGCAUUUUAGUGAACAAGUUUCUGAGUUAGGGGUUAUAGCAGCAUGUGACGAUAAAGAUGCAUGCCUUCUUCCAUCAAAUUUACUUUGGAGAGAGCCUCUCUUUGACCAACUCAUUGUGAACGUUUACCAUCCAGGUGAGGGCAUAUGUGCACAUGUUGACCUUAUGCGCUUUGAAGAUGGUAUUGCCAUCAUCUCCCUAGAAUCAUCGUGUGUGAUGCAUUUCACCCACGUAGAAAGUGAUGGUGGCAUCAUCGAAAAGGAAUCGGAAAGGGAUCCACCCAUGCCCAAGAUUCCUGUGUAUUUAACCCCAGGAUCGGUAGUCUUAAUGUGGGGAGAAGCACGCUAUCAUUGGAAGCAUGAGAUAAAUCGCAAUACAGGUUUCCAGAAGUGGGAGGGGAAAGAUAUCGAUCAGAAAAGAAGAACUUCAAUCACUCUAAGGAAGCUUUGCCCCGACAAGUGAAGUUUUGUUGCUCUUGUGACUAAUUGGUCGUUAUUUGUUUAUGUAAUCUUGUGUCUAUUUUUAUGAGAGGGUCAAGUAUUGCCUACUGAAAUUCAAACCAAUGCAAUGCUGACUUGUUAUGAUUUGGGAGAUACUUGUAUGUGAUCCAGGCACUGAUUCGUACGCAAAUACGAUUGUAAUUUAUUCGUGAAGCGAUAGAUGUUUGACUGAACUAA